AUGGGGCCCCUCGCCGACGGGGUGUCCGUCCGUCCCGCAAGCAAACCGGAUCCCGGAGCGCGGGCGCCGCGGGCACGACUCGGCGGGGAGGACGCGGCCUGCCAGCCCCGGGGCGACCGCGCGACUGUCCCCGGCGGAGCAACGAGGCCCGACGCCCGCCGGGCGCCCCCGCAACCGUGCGCAGGAGCCGGACCCACCCCGAGCCCGGCCCUGCAGACCAGCACCGGCUCCUCCGCGGACCCGCCGGCCACGCGCUCCGAGACGGGCUCCCGGACGCUCCCGCCGCCCGCAGGGCCCGGGCACACCCCGCCGCGAGGAGCGCUCGCCCCGGUCCGCUCGCGGAGCCCAACGCGCCCCCGAGCCCCGGCGUCCCGCGAACCUCGUCCACAGCCCGCGGCCCCGCGCCGCCCGCCCCCGCCGCUCACCUCAGGCCUGCGGAGGAAGACCCCGGCCGGGCCCGCGCCGCGCACCGCGACUCCCGGACGCCGCGGGCUCCUGACGCCUCGACGGCCCCGCCGGCCCCGCCGGCCCCGCCUCCGACCGCGGGCCUGGGCCCGAGUGCCCCUUUUGCUGGCCACGCCUCCGGCCACACCCCUACCGGCCCCUCCCUUCGGCCACGCCCCCGCACGAGCGCCCCGUCGACUAUGUCCCCGCACGCGGACGCCCCGCCCCCCAUAUCCCCGACCACGCCCCUGCACGCACGCCCCUCCUGUCGGCCACGCCCCCGCACGAGGACGCCCCGCCGGCCACGCCCCCCGACCAGGCGCGUGCACGCGCGCCCCGCCGGCCACGCCCUUCGACCACGCCCCCGAGCGAGGACGCCCCGCUGGCCACGCCCCACGGCCCCUCCCGGCCUCCACGUGCCUCCGCCGCGCCUCCGCCCCGCCCCUGCCGCCCUAG